AUGACAGAUCUAAUGGUCCCAAGUAAGCGACCGAGAGCCCCAAGCUUUGUCAAUAAGCACCAUGACUACUCGGCUACCGUCCCUUCUGACUGGUCCUCAGAGAAAACGAUCAGGCAGGUUCCAAUCAACAAAUUUCUUGAGAUAUGCCGUUUCUGCAAAAAGAACCUAAGUCAUGACGAUGACAUUUUCAUGUAUGGCUACUUUGGGGCAUUCUGUUCAAAAGAAUGCAGAGCAAAACAGAUUGCAUGUGACAUCAUCUGUACGGAAUCAUCAAGAGAGAUUGCAAAAGCAAAGAAGGGAAGAAUGGUUGAGGCGGGGAAGAUCAAAGCAAAAGAGCCCAAAGAAGAAGAAGAAGAAUCCGAAGCAGUAGGAUAUCGAGAGAGGAACCCAUCUCCGCGGUUUUAUAUAUAA